AUGUCAGACGAAUCUAAACCUAUUGAAGAACCCCCAAUUGAAUCUAAGCCACAAGAGGAGCAAGAUACCGAAAAAGAAUCUCUUACCAACUCAGAAGAAUCCAAGAAAAGAGCUGUUGAACCAUCAACAGACAAAAAAAAGAAGAGGAGAAGAAGAAACUACGAUGAAGAGGACAAAGAGUUAGAAAAAGAAGAAGCCAAAGAAAAGAAUGCUAAAACCGAAAAUAAUGAAGAAGGCGAUGAUGAUGAAGAUGAUGAAGAUGAUGACUAUGAACAAGGGAAACUAGAAGAUGAGGAGGAAGAGGAAGAUGAAUUGUUGGAAAUUGAUGAAUCCAAUAUUAUAACUACUGGCAGAAGAACAAGGGGUAAAGUAAUUGACUUUACUAAAGCAGCUGAGGAGUUGGAUAAGGAACGUGGAGUAGUUGCAGAAGAGGACGAAGAAGAGGAGGAAGAAGAAGAAAAAGAAAACGAAGAUGAUGAUUUCAAAGAACAAGUUCAAAAUUAA